UAUGAAUACCCACAACAGUUGCACUUUACUGAUGUGUUUCUAUACGUAAGCUAUUGAGCAGUAGAUAGAUUGUGGAUGUUUAACCAUUAAAUAACAAUAAUUAUUAUUAUUGUUGUUGUUAUUAUUAUUAUACAGAAUAAUCUGUAAAAUCUGUUCCGUUUUGCAAUGAUUAUGCAUAGUAUCAGUUCUUUUGUAAUUUCUAUAUGCCUAAGUGUAUUAAGAGGUAGAAAAUUGAAGGGUGGAUGUUUUAGUGCUGUUAAUUCAGUACAUUAGAAAUGAUCAACUAUGCAUCAUGUAGACGGCUGCACCCAAAGCUCUCAUCAGACUACGCAGUGGCUAGAGAGGCUUUGACCAUCCUAUUUCAGGUCCCCGGUAUAGUCCUUGCUUACUGUUUACAAUAAAGAGCAUGCACCUACAACCUAAUUUAUUUUAUUUAAAUGUUCAUUUUCUUCUUCUUUGACUUUUUUGGUGUUUAGUUGCCGUCGAUGUGAUCACAAACACCCAGGUGAAUCCUGAUUAUUUGCAUAAGUAAAAAAAUAACCACAGUACAGCAUAAAUUCAAAAUGAAUGUAGUCAAUAGUGCAUUUUACUUGGCAUGUUUAUGGACGAUAACUAUAUAAAAUAUAUCCAUAUAUAUUGACCAGUACAUUUUUUAGUUAGGUAAAACUGAAUUUUUAUUCAAAUAAUCUAUGUUUGCCUCAAUACGAUUUGGUCAUUUUGCCUCAUCCGAAUGUUUCUAUACAGUUAUACAAAUCGAACGGACUCAGAGUCCAGUCAGCUCCAAACGUGACGUAUUUCCUGGCGAGGGCUUUCGUGUAUCAGUGGCAGUUUGUUGUCAUCACCAUCCAAUAGUGAGCCGCUGCUACUCUGUGCAGCCACGUUUUCCUUUGGUUGCUCCUUUGUGUGUUUUUCUAACAUGAGGUCGCUCAACUUUGUGUGAGAAAAUUCACACUAAGUGUUCGCUUGCGGCUCGUGAAGCACACGAACUGGUUAAAACAUUAAGAAAGAAGACGCUGGAAGUUGAUAGUCUGGUAGAAACCAAACCAUAGUGAUGGAGGAGGAGGCAGCGGCGGUGACAGCGGCAAGUUGGUUGCGGAUGACAAGCCAGACUGAAUAGUGGAAUUGAGCACUUUGAGGAUGGGUGUGUGCACACAGCGUCAUUUUUAUUGUUGUUGUUCACCGUCGGGUGAGAUGUAAAGUUAAGUCAAGCCGCAGGAGAGGAAAGGGAGUCUCUUUCCGGAGCGAGAAGAGGAGAAAAGAGACAGAAGAUGAGGGAACGUCACGUCUCGAUCUCUGUGGACAUCUAAGUGGAUAAAGACCACUGUUCCACUUCCAUUCUGCUGUAAGGUAGAGCGCCUCUGCUCUGCCUGGGAAGCGGUGACAGACGAACGGAGAAACGGCCGUGUAAAGAGUUCUCCUUUUCAUGGAUGCCAGAGUGGGACUGCUGUACUUGUGGGCAGUCCUUGUCCUCCUGACAGCUGAACUGAAGAGAGCUGAUGCUGCAGACGUCUACACUAACACUUGGGCUGUCCAGAUACGUGGGGGACCAGAGGAGGCUGAUCGAGUCGCCAGGGAGCAUGGUUUCACUAACAUUGGCAAUGUUUUUGAAGAUUAUUAUCACUUCAAACAUCAUGCUGUGGCAAAGAGGGCUCUCUCUGACCACAGGGGGGUGCACGUCAGACUCCAGAAAGAACCACAGGUUCUGUGGAUGGAGCAGCAAGUGGUAAGAAGAAGAUGUAAGAGGGAUGUAUAUGAAGAUCCACCGGACCCUGAUUUCCCUAAGCAGUGGUACCUGUCCAACCCCACACGCCAGGACCUGAAUACCAAAGAAGCCUGGGCUCAGGGCUACACAGGAAGAGGAGUUGUGGUGACUAUUUUGGAUGAUGGAAUUGAGAAAAACCAUCCUGACCUCGUCAACAAUUACGACCCUGCAGCGAGUUAUGAUGUUAAUGAUGGUGAUGUAGAUCCCCAGCCAAGAUACACUCAGCGGAAUGAGAACAGACACGGGACUCGAUGUGCAGGAGAAGUUGCAGCUGGAGCCAACAACGUGUGUGGUGUCGGCGUGGCUUUCAAUGCAAAAAUUGGAGGAGUUCGUAUGUUGGACGGUGAGGUGACAGACAUCGUGGAGGCGCACUCCCUCAGCCUCAACCCUCAGCACAUUCACAUCUACAGUGCCAGCUGGGGCCCAGAAGACGACGGAAAAUCACUAGACGGCCCUGCCAAGCUGGCCAAGGAGGCUUUCUUACAAGGAGUCACUAAGGGACGUGGCGGACUGGGCUCCAUCUUUGUGUGGGCUUCCGGUAAUGGUGGACAUGAGCAGGACAACUGUAACUGUGAUGGAUACACCAACAGCAUUUACACACUGUCCAUAAGCAGCACUACAGAAUCUGGAAAUGUGCCAUGGUACAGCGAGCCGUGCUCUUCCACCCUUGCCACCACCUUUAGCUCUGGAAACCCAGGGGAGAAACAGAUAGUGACCACAGACCUCAGGCAAAAAUGCACAGACUCUCACACAGGGACAUCUGCUUCAGCUCCACUGGCUGCUGGGAUCAUUGCACUGGCUCUGGAGGCAAACAUGAACCUGACGUGGAGGGAUAUGCAACACCUGGUAGUGCGAACAUCCCGACCUGGACACCUCAGCGCCGGCGAUUGGAAGACAAAUGGAGUGGGACGCAGAGUCAGCCAUUCGUACGGUUAUGGGCUUCUUGAUGCUGGUGCUAUGGUGGCCAUGGCACAGAACUGGACAACGGUGGGACCGCAGCAUCAGUGUGUUCACACCAUUCUUGAAGAGCCAAGAGGCAUUGGAAACAAACUGGUGUUCAGCAAGAGUGUGGAUGCCUGCUGGGGACGGCCCGAGUAUGUCAGAUCUCUGGAACACGUUCAGGCUCGCCUCACUCUCUCGCACCACCACAGAGGAAAAUUGGCCAUUCAUCUCAUCAGCCCGCUGGGCACCCGCUCCACCCUGCUGUUCCACAGACCCAACGACUUCUCCUCAGAGGGGUUCACCGACUGGACUUUCAUGACCACCCAUUCAUGGGAUGAGGAUCCUCAGGGGGAAUGGACCAUUGAAAUUGAAAAUGUAGCAGCUAAUGGACAUGACUAUGGUUCUUUGAGGCAGUUUACUCUAAUCCUGUGGGGCACUGGGGCCAGCGACAUCAACCCCGCAUCAUCUGACUUUUCUCGUCCAUCAAACAACAGCUGCAAGACCUUUGACGCUCAGCAGGUCUGCAUUGAGUGCAGCCCUGGCUUCUCCCUCUUCCUCCAGGGUUGUGUGAAACUGUGUCCUCCAGGCUUUACCUCUGGGCUACAGCUCCUGAACCUCUCCCUGGAGAACUGGGUGGACCUGUCCUCAGUCCUAGCCUGUCUGCCGUGCAACCCCUCCUGCCUGACCUGCUCCAGCACCGGACCUACAGACUGUUUGUCCUGUCCACCUCACAGCCGCCUGGUCCUCACUUCCUGUCUGCGCCAGAACCAAGUCCAGCGAAAAUCUUCUCCUCCAGAUGGGCUUCAGGGCGAAGCAGUUCAGAAAGUUGAGCAAAACCCUGCUACGACAGGGAGCGAGGAGCCUCCUGGGCUCAGCGUCGCUCCGUCCAGACUGCUGCCCACCGUCGUCGCCGUGCUCAGCUGUGCUUUCAUCCUGGCUGCCUUUGUCGGGCUGUUUUUCUUUCUGCAAAUGCGUUCUGGUGGGGCGUCUGUGGGCUGGAGGACCAAACUGCCCUCUGUGUUUUCAGAGACAAGGGGAGUGCGGGUGGGUUUUGGUUUAGAGUUGGGCCAAGGACAGGGGAGGAAGACAAGAAUAUGCUACAAAGGGAUCCCCACCGUGUGGGGGGAAGAGGAUGUGACGGCGUACGAGUCUGAAUCAGACAGUGAGGAGGUGGACGGUCACAGUGAGAGGACGGCUUUUAUCAAGACGCAGAGUUACAGGUAGCUGAAGCUGCUGUGACUAGUGAGGAGUGGGACCAUGUUGUCUGCUAACAGAGACCGUGGUACAGAGAUGGUAAAUGAAGGAGGGUCACACACCGGCCUUAACAUCAGCUCCAUCAAAGGCUCCAUCUCAUAUGUAACCAGUUUUUUCAUUCCACUUUUGAUAUGUAUCUGUCGUUAACAGAAGGCAUCGCCACCACCACUUCAAGAUAGACACAUAUCAAGGUAAGGUAAGGUUUUUUUAAUCACUGUCCAAAAUUGGGCUGUCUAAAUCAUCGGUUAAUGGCAGUUAUUUAUUUGUAAAGAUUGCCAUGAUGGCCUUCCUUAUUACACACAGGCAAAAUGAAGCUCAGUGUAUAUGUCAGAAUCCCCCCGUCCAUCCACGUAUUGUUUCCCUAACGUCAAUACACGUUAGUAAUACAGACUGCAGGAAAGAGAUGUUGUUGUUUCACGACCCUCAACCUUAAAGUUUCAUCUCUCCCAGCAUGUGUUUGUAGAAGCUUCACCUUUAGGUAAGAUACCUGGCGUGAGUUAGCGCAGCCUCACCGAGCGAACGACAGUUAGUAAGUCCACGACUGACGAGAUGACUGAGAAUGCUGUCAAACUGAUCGUUGAGGAUGACUCUCAAUGCGUUCAAGAUAAACAGUCAUGACUAAAACUCUUAGUUUAGGGUUAGGUUCAUGUUUUUUUACAUAUUAAUAAUUUAUUAUUAAUUAAUGAACGAGGGUCAACGAUUUACGAGGUGCACGACCUACAGUGUCAUCUCCGUGGUUAUCUCACCAUCUCCCAUAAAUGUAUUAAGAAAGUCUUGUGCGAGUGACGCAGACAAAUGCGUCAUCACACGGUAACAUACGCAUAAGACAGCUUUUGUUUACAUUUGCUGGUUGGACGCCACACAUUGGAUUUGCUUUCUUUCGUUUGUUUUCUUUGGGAACCUUUUGCCCUUCAUUAUGGCUCCCAGGUGUAAAGUCCGAAUGUUGUGAUGUUUUUAUGUCCUAGAUUACGAUGUUACUACUGUGUUAGCGAAGGUGAGUGACACAGAUACUGAUGUGAGUUCCCUGCAGUCGCCAUUAAAUUCAGGUGUGAAACACAGACACAGACAGACAUCUACCUGAUGUUGUUUGUUUUUGUGUUUCAGCAGUACACAUAAAAAACGUUUUGUCAUUUUAGGAGCGUUGAUUUAUCUCGAUUAAUCAUGAUUCAUUAUGAUUAAUCCACCGCUACCUUGUGUUUGUGUGACUGUCCUCGUCUAGAAUAAUUCUUCUAUAUUUGAUGGAUAUAAUUUUGGUAUGAAGACCCAGUGCGACACGUCCCUGAUGGUGUCGUCACUUCUUUCACUCUCUGUGAGUUCACUGAAGUGCACGGAGUUCUGUUGAAAUUCAAGAAAAACAGACGGCCCUUUUUAACCAGUCUAUUGUUGGCUAUGCAUAUAAUUUGUCAUCGCUGCAGUCAGUGGAUCAUCAGAGGUCUAAUAAACAGCCCCUGUGUUCUUCACUCCUGUCAGAUAGAAGCCCAGGGGCCGUGAACUUGUCAGCGUUCAUUAGCAGAAAGAAUACGUAAAGUCGGGAUUUAUGCAUCUGACUGGAAGCGGCGCAAUAAAACCUGCUGCAGACUGUUUGAUGAGCAGGGAAGUGCAGAGGAGGCUCCUGUUUUCAGUCAGAGUUCAGUGGAACCUGCCACUGAAGCGCAGACAUAUCAGAUAAUAAAAUCUUUUUGAGUUAGUGCGGAGUAAAACUUUGAGCACAUUCUUCAAAAAAAACCAAACAAACACUCUGGGGCUGACCUUUAAAACAUUACUCUGCUUGAUAAAGAUCUGGUAAAAAAUGAGUUUGUCUUCAGUUUUGUCACAGAGUUUGUAUCAAUAACCAGAAUGUUCUCAUCAGGCCAUGUGUUUCUGCUCCGCUGUGUUCAUCAUAAUAUUGACAAACAAAUACGGAAAACGACAAUUGCGUCUCAUUUGUUGUACAGGAUUGCCAGAGCGAUUGUGGACAAAAAGGAAUUGUAUCGACUUUUCUACAUUUGUUUUAUAUCCUUUUUUAAUUUAACUGACAGUGGGUGUUAAUAUUGUGAAACUACAAUAAAAAAAGACUUUGUUGUGUAUCUGUGUGUAUCUCUUGUGCCUAAAGGGCUAGAGUUGUUGGUGAGUUCUACUGUAGCAGGUGAGUUCUCAAUGUAAAUAAUUGAUUUAUUGCAAAUAAUAUGCCUUUGUUUUUAUGCAGCAGUGACAGACCAAAGGAUAAAUUCUCUUUCACUGGGAGGCAGCAGAUGGCUAUAAAAACAAAAAGGGAGGGACUCAGAUAUUGAAGGUCUUUGUGUGAUUUUUUUCAAUUCCUACGAUUGUAACAGCAUUGUGUUCAACUAAACAGGCUAAACAGGUUUGCUAACUUGUCUGGUGCCUGGUGUAAUCAGUGUGAUCACCCUCACCUGUGUCUCUGUCAUCAGUCUCACUGGUGUCACCUGGUGCCCUGUGUUCUGGGACACAGAACAAUGAUGGCACAAAACAACGACCAAGGCACCAACACUACAGAGUAGUUGUUGUUCUGAUCUUUGUUCCUUGUUCUGAGUCUCCCUCGUGCUGCAUUUGGCUCCUACCUGCUCAC